AUGCCAAAUACAAUUCUAGACCAGCCUGAAAAAUCGGAGUAUCAUAAAGCCGAAUAUAGAGUCGUCAGACUGGGAAACGGUUUAACAGCUUUGUUAAUAUCUGGUCCGGAAGCAGCAGAUAAUGACGAUGAAGAUUUUAAAGUUAUUUGUAGUUUAUGUGUGGGAGUAGGCAGUUUUAGCGAUCCACCCGAAAUUCCAGGACUGGCACAUUUCCUUCAACGCAUGGUUUUUAUGGAAUCCGAAAAACAACCAAAUAAAAUCGAUUUUAAAGGAUUUAUCAGUCUCCAUGGUGGCACUACUUACAGCGCAACAGAUUGCGAGUAUACAAGAUUUUAUUUUGAUAUCCCAGAAACAAAGUUGUUAUCAGCUUUCGUUCCUUUUACUUUCGAUGAAUUUUAUAUAAAGAAAGAUGCCAUCAAGCGAGAACGAGAGAUCAUACAUGAAGAGUUUCAGUUGGAUUUAUCUAGUGACAAAAGUAGAAAAGAACGAUUAUUGUCUUUUACUGCCCAAACUGGUCAUCCACCCAGUAAGUUUCUUCGAAGCAAUUCAAUAGCUUUAAACAAUGAUAUAGAUGAUAACGAGUUGUUCGAACAACUGCAGAAUUUCAGAGAUCGUCAUUAUAGCGCUCACAGAAUGACGCUAGUUAUAAAAGCGAGAUUUUCGCUGGAUGUAUUAGAAGAGUACGUCGAAACCCGCUUUAGUCCUUUACCAAGUAAUUGGAUGCCUUCCGAUGACUUUACCGAAUUUAAAGAUGGCAAUUCAUUUGAUACUGACGCUUUCCAAAAAAUAUAUAAAUCGAUUAAACCCAUUAAUGAUAUCAACCAACUGCAUCUAACAUGGGUUUUGCCUUCAUUACAAAAUUAUUACAAAAGCAAACCAAGUGAAUAUAUUUCAUGGAUUAUUGAACAUAAAGGAAAUGGUUCUUUAACUAGUUAUCUACGUAAAAAAAUGUGGGGCCUUGAUGUGUUUUGUGGUAACUGUGAUAACGAUAAUGAUUUUGGAUACAACUCUAUGUAUGUUUUGUUCGAGAUUAUAGUAGAACUCACCGAUGAGGGACUAAAACAUCUGCGAAACGUUCUCGAUACAAUAUUUUCCUUUAUAAAUUUCAUAAAAAGAACUGGUCCAGAAGAAAGUAUUUAUAAUGAGCUUUAUAAGAUUGGAAAUAAUAAUUUUAGAUUUUUUAGUAAGCAUGAUGAUGUGUUUGAUUUAUGUAAGAGAAUGCAUUUCUAUCAGCCGUGUGAUUAUCUAACUGGAAAGCAUAUUUAUUUCGAGUAUAACCCAGAAGCUAUACAAAAAUGUUUGAAUCUGUUGGUGCCAGAGACGGCAAAGAUUAUGAUUUUCAAUAAUAAUUUUAAAUUAAAUAUAGUCGAACCGCAUUUUAAAAUUAAUUAUGAAGAUAUCAUGUUACCAAACGUAUGGCUCGAUUGCUGGAAAUCUAUCGAGCCAUUGUCUAAUUUUCGUUUACCAUCACUCAAUAAAUUUCUUACCAAUAAUUUCUCUUUUAUACCGAUAUCAACAGAAGCUUCGAAAUAUCCUGUAAAAAUACACAAUGAUUCUAUAUCGGAAAUUUGGUUUCGUCCGAAGUUUCAGUGGCCGGUGUGCCAUAUAAAUCUUCAUAUUGUCCACCUUUCUUGUUCGGAUCUCCGAACACCAAUAAAUGCAGCUCUCCUACAAAUGUACUGCAAUGUAAUAAAAUAUCGAUUGCUCGAAGAAUUACAUCUGGCUGUAACGGCUGGAUUUGAUUAUGAGAUCGAUGUUAAUUCCAGGUUAAUGGUUAUUGCAAAUUAUAUAGCGAAUCUAGGUCCUAUUUCGGAGGAUUUGUUUAAUAUUAUUAAAGUGCAACAACGUAAGGCAUAUUACAACAAAUUUAUAGAACCGAAAAAGUUCAAUGAAGAUAUGGAAUUAUGGAUACUAAAGCACGGCAACUGUGCAUACGUUCACAAAUAUAAUGCUCUAUAUAUUUGUGAUUUUAAAAGUUUUCAAGAUUUUGUAACAUCCUUCAAAAAUCUGUACAUCCAAUGCCUCGUAGAAGGCAACGUAACGAAAGACUUUACGAUCAAUAUUAUACAAGAAUUUAUCAAAAAAAUUAACUGUGGCCACUUGAAUAAUGAGAUAUAUACUGUUCCAAUCAAUAAGAUACCUCUAGGCAUAUCUCAGUUCAAGUUAAAAAAUAUUAACGAAACUGAUGUAAACUCGGUAAUAACAAAUUAUUAUCAAGUCGGUACUGCUACGAUUGAAUUAUCGGUUUUAAUUGAGCUGAUGAUCAUGAUAAUGAAAGAAUCGUUAAUGAAUCAUCUACGAACCCAAGAAAAGCUUAGUUAUGUAUCGUGCGAUUUUAGAAAUAUUAACGGUGUAUUAGGAUAUUCUAUAACUGUUUAUACUCGGACAGAUAAAUGCACAACCGAAUACGUUGAUCAACGGAUCGAGGAAUUUCUGAAUUCGUUUCGAAUCGUGUUGGAACAGUUCUCAGAAAAGAAAUUAGAUGAUGUCAAAGAUGGACUGAGAAUUUCAAAGCAUCAUGACGAUACCGAGAUUCUGAAGAACAGAGUUAACAGGAACUGGAGUGAGAUCACGAAGCGACAAUACAAGUUUGACAGAUGUGAGAAGGAAGCGCUUGCAAUAGAGAACAUAAAUACCAAAAAACUGAAAACAUUUUUCAGAAAGCACACACAAAACAGACUAAGAAAAUUGAGCAUACAUGUUGUGGGAGCACCAAAGGAAGUUGCAAUCAGUAAGCAGAUAACUUUUCUGAUCGAACUUUGGUCAUUGUCUAAUUAUUUCUUUUUGUAUUGAAAUAUCUUUCUUGUCUUCCAUUUCUUUUUUGUCA